UAUGGUUCUGGAUAAUUUCUUAGAUGGUCAGAGAACUAAAAUUGUGGUUAGAAAACUGGCAGAAUGUAGAUAUCCUUCCGUCUGUUUAUCAGAUAUACCAGCUAAAUUGUCGGAUAAUGAGAAACAUGAGCAGAUUAAGAUUGUUAUAAGGCCGAGGCCUGGUAAAGAUUGUUAUAAAACCAGUGAGAUUAAAUGUUGUCCUAUGAGAACCAUGGAAGAGAGGAAGGAAGAGUAUGACAGGGCACGGGCUCGAAUUUUCAGUAGUCCAAGUAGCAGUAGUCUUGAGUCAGUAGAUACAACGUCCCGGGCCCCUUUAGGUGGGAAGAAUAUGUGUUUCAGUGGAGAUGAGCGUGAAGCUUCAAGGAACAUCAUGGAUUCAGAGAAAAACCUUAGCUGCAAGGAUAGUGGUACUCCUUCUCGAGUAGCCAUUUUCAGAGAUAGGGAGAAGGAUCGCAUUGACCCAGAUUAUGACCGGAGUUAUGAAAGGUAUGUCAAGAGUAUUCCAACAAGUCAAAGCUUUGGCUUGACACUGCUUAAUAUGCACAAGUUUCAGCCUCCAUUUGUACCGUAUGAUUCUGUUGGCCCUCAGUUAGGUCAGAUGACAAGUGCUCAAGCUUCCCUCAGCUACAGGAGCCCAGUCGCAAGCCCUUUUGGUGCCAUGUCAUUGAAUCAGGCUUCCAGGGAUGCGGUCUAUAUGCAGUGGCAAUCUCAAGCAAUAAUUCAUGCACAGUCCUCUGAUCAAUUUAGGCAUGCUGUUUUCCAGGCACCCUUCUGUCAGCAACCACUAAGUUUCGACUACUCACAAAAUUAUUGAACGGCAAUUAGGAUACCAAAUGGUGGAUUGUCUUGUCUUGUCUUGUCUGUAUCACUGAAGUAGUAAAUGCAAAUAUUUCGUAGGAUUACCUUGAUUUUAGGUUCAUUGCCAAAAACAUGUGUUUGUCAAACUCAUGAUUCUAAUAUACUUGGGUAUAUUUCUCUAUUUAUUGUUUGGGUCUUGAAUGUGAGGGGUGAAUGAUGUUCAUGUCGGUGAAGGAUAAUGUUACUCAGUUUGACCGUUAUUGUUUGUAUGGAGUUGUAUGCAUUGUCUGUUCGUUCAUCAAUCACAUGGCCAACUAGUGCAUUUUACGUGAU